CCAGCAAGCAGGAGCAGCAUAUGCCAUUUAUACUCUCCUCCUCCUACUCGAUAUAUCGAUCCUCACUUACAAGUGUAGUGUAAGCACCACGGCCAGAGCACCGCCGAGACAAGUGUCCACUGUCCAGUCCAGCUCCCACCCACAGUAGCCACAGUAUAAAAGGGGCAAGAUCGAGCCAGCUGCUAGCUAGCUUGCCCGAUAUAGAAGAAGAAGAAGAAGGUCGCUAGCAAGCAAGCUCUGUGCCAUGGCCGACUACCAUGGCGGCGGCGGCGGAAGCCCGGAGCGGCGGCUGCUGGAAGCAGGAGGCGGAUCAGGGGAGCAGCAGGAUCAGGGGAUGGGGAUCAAGGAGCAAGACAGGCUGCUGCCGAUCGCGAACGUGGGGCGGAUCAUGAAGCAGAUCCUGCCCCCGAACGCCAAGAUCUCCAAGGAGGCCAAGGAGACGAUGCAGGAGUGCGUGUCGGAGUUCAUCAGCUUCGUGACCGGGGAGGCUUCCGACAAGUGCCACAAGGAGAAGCGCAAGACCGUCAACGGGGACGACGUCUGCUGGGCCUUCUCCGCCCUGGGAUUCGACGACUACGUCGACCCCAUGCGCAGGUACCUCCUCAAGUUCCGCGAGCUCGAGGGCGACCGCGCCGCCGCCGCCGCAUCCUCCCGCGGCGCCGCCGCCGGCUUCCAGGCCGGCGCCGACCACCCUGCUGCUUCCUCUUCCGCCGCCGCCGCCGCCGCAGGUCAUUUCAUGUUCGACGCCAUGGAUAGGCCCGAUAAUAAUAACAGCGGCUCCAGGCAGUUUUGAUUUACGCUAUCUAGCUGUCGAUUUAUCAUCAGGCAGUAUUUCAAGAACUAGCUAGCUCUAGUUAACAUUUUACCCCCUCUCUCUCUCACACACACAAAGUUGAAUCUUUAGAGGAGGCGAGUAGCUAGUGGCAGAAUUAGGAGUAGCUAGUGGAACAAGAGGGGGGUCGCUACGAUCCACGAAGAAGGAGAAGAAGACACGGCGGAAUUAAGUGGGGAAUUAAGUAAAUUUUCUAGGAUCGAUUCGAUCUGAUGAUUAAUUCGGUGUCCAAUUAAUGUGUGUGUAGCAUUUCUGCGCAUCAAAGGCACGGUGUUCAGUGAAGUUCAUUUUUGUUAUCAAGUUCAGUAAGGUUUGUUCUAGAUUAAUUUGCAAAUUAUCCAUGUGCUUGGUUUCUCCGGUCUUAAUUGAUUUGGAUGUGAUUGGGUUAGUUGGUA